CUUAAACCAUUCAACAAGUGCGUAUUCAUACGAAAAGAUGGCAAACACAAGGAUUUCAGCUUUUGGCCUGAUCGCCACGGUGCAAGCUAUUAUUCUACUGUUUUUGACUAUAUUUUUAAUUUUACACGCUUACUGUGUAAUUGAUUUUGUUGGUGACACAUUCAUAGCAGUUAUGAUAAAGACCUUAUACUUCCACGAUCCUGGCCUGUGCGGCGACACCAUAAACAUAGGGACUCUGAUAGAUGGAAUAGCCGACCAGGCGUUCAUUAAGAUGGAAUAUGCACCUUUCACCUAUAACCGCACAUUAUACUUCAUUUGGGGCAACUUUGCUGUCGCUAUAUUGUGUCUAAUUGCCAAUGAACUGAUGUUCAUUAACUGGUCAAUAAUUCCAUGGCUUCUGGUCUCAUUGGUAGCUUGCUUGCUAGACUUUUCAGGGAUCCUCAUUUAUCUGAACGAGACUUACGCCACGAAGACCCUGCCCGAUGUCAUGGUUUAUAUAGGAGCUAAAUCAUUUGGCACAGGCAAUUUGGCUCUGGAUACGGCGUCAGUGGCACCCAUCAUGUCUCUUAUCAUAUCCAAGUGUGUAGUCUUCUUAAUCAUAAAUUGUACACUCCUUGUGUGGCAUGCUAUGGACCGGAAUGAUCAAUAUAAUACUUAUGUAAAUGCUAUUGCCGCGGCGGAGAAUCCUAUCUCACCGGCCGACUUUCCGCUGGAGACUAUUGACGUUAGUCCGCAACGCUUGCCGCGACCCAGCCUCUACAGGAAUGAUCGUUUUGUGGCCACGUUGAGACUACGAGAUAUAGAAGCCGACUGCAGCCCCGCGCCUCGAGAACUCACCAUUGCGCAGCGCCAACCAGAACCAUUAUCACGGAAUCAACGCGCUUUCUCCGCCGAGGACAUCCGGAUUCGUGUACCCGACGCCUUACUAUCCUUACCCCAGCGCCUGGAGAAAAUAAUUGCGGAUGAAUCGAAGAAUUUGGAAUUUAGAAAUGAAUUGAGACAAAUUAAUGAAAUAAACAAGAUCUUCGAGGAGUACAAGGUUUGGUGGCUGUCGGAUUACAAACCGGAGAGACGCCUGGACCAUAUGCGCAUGCGCACCGACUCCUUCCCCGUUUUCAAUGAUACUGCGAAGGCAGCCUCACCCUCCAGGAGGAAUUCCGUUGACAGCGUCCUCUACUCUAAAGCUAUGAGGCAAUCAGUGCUCUUUACGUCUCAAGAUCCUGACGUCCUGUAUUAAUAUCUUUGCGUGGUUCUUAACUAAAACGUUUUAACAACAUUUAAGAUUUAUUUUAAAGCCUUUGUAUAUCCAAAGGUAUAUAUAUGUAUUCAUAAGUAUAUAAAGCUCUUACAUUUUAACUAUAUAGCAUACAGAAAUAGAAAUUAU